AUGGAUCCAUGUUGCCAGUGCUUACUGUCAGGACCGACUGAUUUUGUGAAUCUGUUAACCUUGGACCAACCAAAGGUGUAUGUGCUGGAGUAUAUUGAAAACAUCACCAUCCCUAAGCUGCUCUAUAUGAUACUGUCUGGGAAUUACACAGUGUCCUUCAUACAGUGUUUUACCCAGGUGUAUUUUUGUGAUGCAUUUGCUAGCACUGAGGUCAUCCUUUUAUCUGUAAUGGCUUAUGACCGGUAUGUUGCAGUGUGUAAACCAUUACACUAUCACCCCACAAGUGUGUCUUUCUGCUAUUCAAAUAUAAUCCACCAAUACUUCUGUGAUAUUAAAUCUCUCAUGGAAAACGCAAGCUCUGACAAGGAGGUGUUUAUUAUAGUGAUUUAUCUAGAAUUAUUGGUACUUGGAUUUGGACCAUUCUUCUGCAGUUUACUGUCUUAUAUAGUAAUUAUUAGCACCAUAAUACAGAUUAAAUCCAGAUAUGGCCAGAGAAAAGCCUUCUCCACCUGCUCUUUCCACCUCAUGGUCCUCACCAUAUUUUAUGGGACAGCUACAUGUGUCUUCAUGAUGCCACCAACAGACCAAUACAGGGUCAUUGAGCUGAUCUUCACUGUACAGUAUACUGUAGUUACACCCAUGUUAAACCCUCUGAUAUACAGUCUACAGAAUAAAGCUGUAAAGAGGGCAAUUAAGAGAUCUAUUGGGAUAAAAUAA